ACAAGACCAGUUGCAAACGAAAGUAUAUCAUGUAUGUACUUAUCUAUAAACGACUUUACUGAUCUGAGUCAUCAGAGAGUAUAAAUACGAUUCAAUCAUUGGUGGCAUGUUCAUUUCAAAUUUCGGGAGCGGCUGUCGCACUCCUGAACUGCAGAACGAAGAAGUUCCGAUUUCCAGAACAAACAAGUUACCGAAUCAUGAUGGAUAAAUGGGAAGCAGCCGAUCGUCCCAACUAUAUGACCAAUGUAAACAUGAAGUAUCCAUAUUCGGAACUGCCGUACUAUGGCGACUACUAUCUGUUGAGAAUACCCAUUGCCAGCCAGGUCGUGGAACACGUGGAUUACUGGGGAGAGGGAUGGAUCAAGACCGAUUUAGGAAUUAGCGGUUUCCCGAAGUGCUACAAUGUGAACUGCCAAUACCAAUGUGUCAGUAACGGUCCCGACAAAGGCUGUAAGAUUCCCAACAGGAUACCCGUGUUCGAUGAGAACUCAUGCGACACAUCAAACUACAUCAAAAACCACUCCAUCAAGUUGGUCACUCUGAUGGGAGCGCCCAUCAUUGAAGCCUGCGCUAGAGAUAUAGCUCGCAUCGUGGACCCUGCAGUCGGCAGCGUUGUCGUCUUCGGGUUUGAAUUUUGGAUCAAUUUACCAGAUAUUCAACGGCUAAGAUCAGAGUUGAGUGAAAUAUCUAUGUUUUAUUGCCCGAAAUAUGAAUUGCCAGACUAUUUGAAAGGCUUGACGCUAUUCGAUACACAUAUAGCUUUUCUGAAUGCUACAGAAAUAGAGAACCAGCUUUAUAACGCACUCAUCGUUUGGAAUAUCGACACGGCGAUUGAAAUUACUCAGUCUUUGAAUGAAAGCGGUGGUGGUUCAGUUAUAACUAAUCUUGUUGACAAGCUGCUCGAGCAAGAUAUUGAAAGUACAAUGUCAUUCGUUUACAAACUUUGGUUAUCUGGUGAAACAGAAAUCGUCAAAAAAUACUUCCCUGUUGCUUUCAAAUUGAUCUGUAAUGAAGAUAAGAUUGAGAUUGUGAGUAAUUAUUUCGGUAACACGAAGUUAAAAUUGGAUACAAAUACUGAUGAGUGGAAUAAUAGACUGGCAUGGGGCGACAAGAGCGGCAAUACUGGCAAAACAUACAGUUGGACAAUGGUUCCGAUCUGGAAGGACAAUAAAAUAAUCUUCCAAAUGAAAAACAAUGAGUACGAUAUGCUUCUGAGGCUUGAUAUUCAUGAUAACUACAAUGGAGAUAGGAAAGGCUGGGGCUCUAAAAACGUAGAUGAGGUCAGGUACAACUGGAAGCUGUACCCGAGGAAGUUGCAGGAUGACGUGGUGUUCUUUAUAGUGAACUGUCAAUAUGAUGAGGCUCUGAAACUAGAUCCUACCGAGGACAGGAAUCGUGGUCGACAGCUUUGGGGCCAUAACGGGAUGUAUCUCGACAAACCUGAAUACUUUGGGUGGCUUGUGCGGUCUAAUUAAGUACGCAGAUGAGAUGAAAAAUAGAAUUAAAAAAAUAAAAGGUUCAAAUUCUUUAGAUUACUCAAUAGUUGAGGAAUCAUGGCAGAUAAGUGGACUGGGGCCGAUCGUCCUAACUAUAUAGACAAUGAAGAUUUGCUGUACCCAUACUCAGAAAUGCCCUACGUCGGCCAAUACGAGCUGUUAAGACUUCCCAUUGAUACCGAGCUCGUGGAUCACGUGGACUACUGGGGAGUGGGCAGGUUCGAGACUAGCGCGGGAAUCACCGGCUUCCGCGAGUGUUAUAAUGUCAAUAGCGAAUACCAACUGGUCCAUGACGGCCCCGAUAAAGAUUGUAAGAUCCCCAACAGGAUACCAGUGAUAGAUGAGGACACGUGCGACACUUCCAAAUAUAUAAAAAGCCAGUCCGUUAAGUUAGUCACUUUUCAGAGUGACGAUUUCCAUGCGCAACGCUCUAUCACCGAAUCCUGCGCUAGAGAUAUAGCUCGCAUCGUGAACUCUAAAGUCGGCAGCGUCGUCGUGUUUGGAUUUAAAAUUGAUUCUGCAGAUAUUCGAAGGCUAAAUAACGAGUUGAACGAUAUAAAUAUAUUCUACUACCCAGGAUAUAAUUUGCCAGACUAUUUUCGUGGCUUAACGUUAUAUGAUACAAAUUUAGUGUUCAUAAAUAGUGAAGAAAUAGAGGAACGGCUGUACAACGCUCUCACCAGUUGGGACAUCGACACCGCGGUAACAAUUACUCAAUCAUUGAAUAAAUACGGUGGCAAUUUCAUCAUAGCUAAGACAGUUGACAAGCUACUCGAUCAAGGCAUACACAGUACAAUGACAUUCGCUUACAAACUUUGGGAUUCUGGCAAUAAGGAUAUUGUCAAGAGAUACUUCCCUGAUAUCUUUCAAUUGAUCUUCAAUGAAGAUCAGAUCGUGAUCAUGAGUAAUUAUCACGAUAAUAUGAAGUUGAAAUUGGAUGUCAAUACUGACAAGUGGCGUAACAGGUUGGCGUGGGGCGACGGCAGCGGCGACAGCAGUACCAGAUUCAGUUGGUCGAUGGUCCCAAUUUGGAAGGACAAUAAAGUACUCUUCCAAAUAAAAAACUACGAGUAUGAUAUGCUCCUGAGACUUGACAUUAAUCCUAACUCCAAAGGAGAUAGGAAAGGCUGGGGCUCACAAAACUUGGACGAGAUCAGAUACAACUGGAAGUUGCUGCCGAUGAACCAUAAAGAUAAUUUAGUGUUCUUUAUAGUGAACUUUCAAUAUAAUCAGGCUUUGAAACUGGAUGAUAAUGUAGAUAAGUACGGAGAUCGACAGUUGUGGGGCAAUUUGGGGCCCUAUGUCUACCGACCUGAAUACUUUGGGUUCAUUUUGCGGUCUUAUUAUAUUGGCUAGGUAAAAAAGUGUUUAGAUGUGAUUUUCAAGAAUGUUGAAAUAAUAUAAGAACUGCACAAUGUCAAUAUUAAUAUACAUAUAUUUUUUAUCUGAUGAUCUACUAACAAAAAAGGGUUUCUAAUAAAUUUUAUAAUAAU